CAAGUAAUUCCCUGAAAUCAAGAUGCGUUUUCGAACCCAAAUAGCCAACGCGUCUAUCUUCUCCAAACUAACCGCCUCCCUCUCUUCCCUGGGAAAGGUAUGUUGGAUGCGUCUUGAGAAAGACUUCAUCCGCUUCACCAUCAUCCCCGACCAAGGCACACAAGUAUGGGCUCAACUCCCGAUCGACACCAUCUUCGAGGAAGAAUCCUACAUAUGUGAAUCCAACACCGGAGCAAUCAACCUCGAAGUCCCCAUCGGCGCUCUCCACCGCGCCCUACGCUCCGCCGUAUCCGCCAAACUAUCCAACCUGCGACUCACCAAAAAGGGCAACGUACCUCUCCUAGCACUAACUAUUCGCGCUACAUCAUGGACAACAACAUCCAAUGCUCUCGACAUCCCAGAAACAGCAGCAGCAACAGAUCACUCCUCAUCCACCAUCGACAACAGCGCCACCGCCACUGCUAGACCCUCCGGCACCGGCCCCCGAGAACGCGAAACAGUAAUCACCCAAGAAAUUCCCAUCAAGGUACUCCACGAAUCCGCCGUGGAAGGACUCCACCAGCCACGGUGUCGAGACCCAGAUGUAAAUAUCCUCCUGCCGAGCUUGAUCCAGCUGAAGAGUAUCUCGGAGCGGUUUACAAAGUUAGCUACCACGAACUCUUCCAAUAAAUCAUCGUCAGCAGCAGCAACAGCAGGAGGGGCCACUUCAACAACAACACCAUCACUAUCAUCACCGAAGCUAGAACUCUCCGCUAAUAUGCACGGCUCGCUCAAAGUAGCUGUCGGGACGGACGCGUUCCGGAUAUCGAGUGUCUGGACGGAUCUAUUGAAUCCGAGUUUGGAUCCUGGACAGCUGGACGAGGGGAGGGAGUUGGGUCAGUUGCCGAGUGAGCGGAUGAGGGAGGUGCCGGCGGAUGAUGAGGCUGGGUGGGCGAAGGUGAGGAUUGAUGGGAAGGAUUGGAGUCGGAUUCUGAGUGUGGGGAGGUUGAAUCCGAGGGUUGUUGCUUCUUUUAUUAAUGAGACGGCUCUGGUGCUGUAUGUCUUUCUACCCGGGAGUUGGAAUGAGCAGGAUUCGUGUUUGACGUAUUAUAUCACUUCUUAUGCGGUUUAG